AUGUCUGCCAGACCCUCAAAGCCAAUCUAUUUCUCCAACGGGGAGGCUCUCCAGAGCCCCCCGUUUACCGUGCGGCUCAGCCGCUUCAUCGAGAGCGUUUACUUUUUCCUUGGCCUGUACUUCACUACACUCUUAUCGCUUGACUCAUACGCCGCCGCCGAGAACUCCUCUUUCAAUAUUAAGAAUCAGGGCAAUAAAUAUACUACUCGCCCUCGCUGGGGAGGCAGCACAAACUCAUUCGGUGGAGGAGGUGGUGGAGGUGGAGGUGGUGGCGGCGGUGGUCCGGGAUCCGGUCCCCGACGCGUGGGACGUGUGGAUGAUUUGAACACAUUUCCGGAAGUAAUCCCUAACACUACUCCGGCGGCGUGCUCUCCAAGCCAAGGCACAGUACACAAACCGACCAGCAUGAGUGCCAUCCCAUCAACAGACGCCGAAUGGGCGGAAAAGAUAGCCAACAUGAAGAAGCAGCUGCCCAGACACUCACUAUCCCAGCCGCCAAUUUCAACACAAAUCCACCGCACAAUAGACCACACUCUCUUAUCAACCCCAGUCGACCCCUCACAGAUCGACACGCUAUGCAAAGAAGCUCUUGAAUACGAGUUCGCCGCCGUAUGUGUACGACUGGAGCACGUCGCCCGCGCAGCAAGCCACGUCAAAGGCACCACCACAGCUCUCGCAUGCGUGGUCGGAUUCCCCGAGGGUACGCACGCUACAGCGGAGAAAGUGAGUGAAGCCAAAGAGGCUGUUGCGCAGGGCGCCACCGAACUCGACAUGGUGAUCCGGUACGACCUGCUGAAAGAGGGCCGGUACACGGAUGUGUACAACGACGUUCGUGCGGUGCGCAACGCAGCUCCGGCACCAAUUAUCCUCAAGGCGAUUGUGGAGGCGUCUCUGCUUGGGGAGGACCAGAUUAUCGAUGCGACGAUCGUGUCGUGCUUGGCUGGCGCGGACUAUGUCAAGACUAGCACGGGCUGGAAUGGCGGUGCAAGUGUUGCGCAGGUUAAGUCUAUGCGCUUUGCGGCGGAGCUGUGUGGGUGUUCUUGCAUGAUUAAGGCUAGUGGAGGUAUACGUACUGCUGAGGCUUUGUUGCGCAUGCUUAAGGCUGGAGCACUUCGCAUUGGAACUAGUUCUGGGGUUAGUAUUAUGAAAGAGAUUGAUGAGGGGGAGGCUCUUGAACAGGGAUGUGGUCAUGCGGUGGCUUGA